AUGGACAACAAAUUUUGUUCAAAUUUGGCCGUCCUUACACUUUUUGCAGUCUUGCAAUGCCUUUCAACAAUCAGUUCAGCACAGGAUUUCGAUUUCUUUUAUUUUGUUCAACAGUGGCCUGGAUCGUAUUGCGACACGAAGAAAAGCUGCUGUUACCCGACGACCGGGAAGCCGCCGUCGGACUUUGGCAUCCAUGGACUUUGGCCGAAUUAUGAAGACGGCUCUUACCCUUCGAAUUGCGAUUCCAACAAUCCUUAUGAUCAAUCUAAGAUAUCAGAGUUGAUAAGCAGAAUGCAACAAGAUUGGGCAACUCUUGCCUGCCCAAGCGACGAUGGGACCAAAUUUUGGAGUCAUGAAUGGGACAAACACGGGACAUGCUCUCAAUCUGUUUUGGACCAAAAUGCCUACUUUACAGCUGCUCUCAAUCUCAAGUCUAAACACAAUCUUCUCCAAAUUCUUCAAAGUGCAGAAAACUCCUCGAGCAACGUCAAAGUGACGGAUGGUGGAGACUGCUCCUCGAGCACGAAAUGCGCCUCGUGCAUGUCGUCAACAAAUGCAGCGCGAGAUAGAAAUAAGACUGAGGAAGACGCAAUCGAGGUUAACGGAUGGGGUGGAGACAGAUGGAACCAUGGGCGGAUCUAG